AUGCCAGAAAUUGUGCUCGUUGUUUCAAAUGCUGGCCAUGCUUUGAAAGAAAUUUCAAAAGAAAUUCCCAGUGAAGAAACUUUCAAGACAUAUACUCAACAGUUUCUAAAUUCACUUCAGAGUAUUGAAAAAGGUCUUCAAGAGCAAAUCACAUACCUUUCAGAGGUUGCAACAGGGCAACCUCAUGAAGGCUCUAUAUAUGCUGCUGAAAAGGAUUUCUCUUUGAUUUGCCAAGGAACACACAUUGCCAAGCAACAUGUUGAAGGCUUAGUCAAAAUUUCCAAGCAUAUUAAUGGUGGCUAAUGAUAUGAAGUUAUGUGCGACUUGUUAUGGAUUGGUUGAUAGAAAUGUUUUUAAAAAUUUGACAAAUUAUUUGGCCAUCCCUGAGUAUCUGAUCAUAUGAUUAAUUUGAUAGCUUGCUAAUGACAGGUUUAUUGCAUCAUCCCAUUGGCCAAUGUUGCACCCCUACAAUCCAUGAAAAAAUACAACUAAUGUCAAACUUUUUAGUAGUGCAGAAAAAAUACUACAUGCAGUUUAGACGUUUAGACAAGCAUAAAUCAGAAAUAACGCAUUUUCAAAUAAAAGUCUUUUAUUUUUUAACUUUUUCCGUCUACAAAUACUCAUAUUUGUAAUGGGAUUCUCUUUUUAUGUGACAAACAAUAAACAUGGUCACAAAAGA